AUUCAAACGGUCGGAGACGGUGGAUCGCAGGACCCGGAGAAGAAGAAUAUACCGAGGAAGACGUUGAAUUGACAGCCUUCUGCGGAAACUUGCCUUUAGUUAAGAACAUGUCCCGCUUGCCAGUCAGUACACACAAGAGGGUCCUUACAAGCAGCAACAGCAGCACAGAGAACACUGACUUUGCGCCUGCUCAGAAGAAGAUUCGUAAGGACUCAGACCCUGUCCACAUUAAACCACAUGCAGCCGCUACAAUCAUCGGUGGCAAGAGGCCUGCUGUUCCAGCAAGCAGGGCACCAAUUUCUAGGCCAGUCAGACCUGGGGGAGCUGCCACUGUGGCUGUUGGUCCUUCCAGAGGUGUCCUGAAACCAUCAAUAGCUUCAACUGCAGCAAAGGGAGGCAACAUAAAACAAACGGUUGCACCCACUGUUGCAAAAGCAGGUGGGGGUGGGGCCACCAAGCGGAAAGCAUGGGACCUGAAGGGCAAGGUCAGCGACAUGGAGGGUAAGCUACGUGACUACCAGACCAAGGUCAAAUCUGUCCACCAGGAAAAUGAGGUUCUUAAAGGCACGAUGGUCCAGAGCAAAACAAGAGUGGCUGAAAUGGAGAAAAAUCUUGAGAGGCAGAAGAGUCAGAUCAGUGAGUAUGAGGAGAAGCUACAGGCACUGUCGGGAGUCUGCGAUGAGUUGGAGAGAGUGUCGAGUGAUAAGAACACUCUUGAAAAGGAGCUCUCCAACCUGGAAGGAAAAUAUAAGGUCAUGGAGACUCUCUGCGACAGCCAAGAGACGGAGCUGCAAACUCUCAAGGUGAAGCUAUCAGUGCAGGAAUCAACUCUGGCCCGCCUGCAAGUGACCCUCAGAGACACGGAGGAAGAGGUGCGGUCUCUCAAAGACACUGUGGUCCAGCAGAAAGAUGAGCUGCAUGCAGGGGAGAUGGAGCGCAGACGGCUCCACAAUACGAUCCAGGAGCUCAAGGGCAAUAUCCGGGUAUUUUGCAGGGUACGCCCACUGUUGGAGGGGGGCCUCAGCAAACACAUCCAGCUCUCAGCCAGUGACAACAAGUCAAUGACACUUGCCAAAACAGAGGAGUCUCACACAGGCAAAACUGCUGACACUCAGAAGAAUUAUAACUUCAGUUUUGACCGGGUGUUUGGCCCCCAGGCUUCGCAACAGGAGGUCUUUGAAGAGAUCUCACUGCUGGUGCAGUCAGCAUUGGAUGGCUAUAACGUCUGCUGCUUUGCCUACGGCCAGACAGGAAGUGGAAAAACCUACACCAUGGAGGGAAAUGAGUUUGAUGAGACCAGAGGUGUCAUUCCCAGAGCUGUGAAGCAAAUUUUUAAAGCAGCAGAGAAACUGGGAGCACAAGGCUGGGAGUUCUCCUUCACUGCAAGUUUUGUUGAAAUCUACAAUGAGACCCUUCGAGACCUACUCUACACAGGCAAGGCCAGCAAGAGGCCCGAGCACGAGAUCCGAAAGUCGACUAAUAAUGAGAUCACAAUCACCAAUCUGACCUACGAAAAGGUCUCCAACGAAGAUCAGGUUCUCGGCCUGAUUAUGUUGGCCGGUCAGAAUCGCUCCACGGCUCAGACAGCCCAGAAUGACCGCUCUUCUCGCUCCCAUUCAGUCUUCCAGCUGGAUAUCGAGGGAGUGAAUGUUGGCAGGGACGUCAAAUGCAAGUCCACUCUAUGCAUGGUGGACUUGGCGGGCAGUGAGCGAAUGCUGAAGAGUCAGUCUCAGGGCGAGCGUUUCAAAGAGAUGACGGCCAUCAACGGCUCCCUGUCCAACCUGGGCAUUGUCAUCGCUGCACUUGCCAACAAGGAGAGCUACAUCCCAUACAGGAACUCCAAGCUUACCUACCUUCUGCAGGGCUGCUUGGGAGGAAACAGCAAAACCCUGAUGUUUGUGAACAUCGCCCCAGAGCCAGACAGCUUUGGGGAAACCCUCAAUUCCUUAAGGUUCGCCAGUAAGGUAAAUGACUGUGUCAUCGGGACUGCAAGUGCCAACAAGAAGUAACGGAGCACUCAAAUGUUAAGUCAGCGAUUCUAAUCCAAUAAACUUUCUGUCAAACUCGGCGAAUAUCUCCUCACAGUCCACCAGCUGUCUGUUCUGUGUGUGCUCCUUCAACGUCCUCACCCAUGGAAUAGAGCUAUGCCAUGAUUGUAAUGGUUUUUUAACAAUGGCGAUAUUACCUGAGCUUCUGAAGGAGCACAAAUGGGAGGGGUGUAUUUGUGUGGGUAUUGAGUUCAUAUAUCAACAGUCUUUCUCCUGGUUUUAAACGCUGCAUUAGAAUAAAGUGUAAUUUUCUAAAUUUACCACACUGAUCCAGCUGUUCUGUUGUAUCCCCUUUCCCACUUAAUCAUAAUAUCCACAUUACUGAUUAUUUAUCAAAAAUACCAUUGUGUAAAUAUUUGUUUAAGGCACAGAUAGUCAACCCGACUAUCAUCACAGUCUUGAUAUCUUGUUACUUACCAAGGCUCUUUUUAAAUUUCAUAUUGUGCUGUUUGGCUUUAGCGCCAAUCAGGAAGAACCAAAAACUAUAAGUCUUGUAUAUUCUCAGGGCUUUGACUAGUGAUCACUAAUACUGGCUUUUAAAAAUGUUCAUGCUUCUAUGUAAAUCAAGUUGACGUGUACAUAUGCAUGUUUUUAGAUAGACUUUCAGAUUUCUUUUUUAAAUGCAUACAUUGCUCUCAAGGGUUCGUGAUCGAUUUUCCUAAGACGAGUUGAGCCUUUUAAUCUCCAUUGGACAUGUCACAUGUUAAGUUUUUUUUUCCUGAAUAUCUUGUGUAAUGUAUAAUUUGCACAAUAAUUGCAAAUAAAUGUAGUGUAGUUU